AAACACGCCAACUAUUGUAUAUUCCAUAUUCCACCUUAGAGGAAGCUUAAGUGUUCGUUAUGACUUCCCCUGCUUAUAAUUAGUGUCAUUAUCAAUCAGGUGUGUGGAUGAUCGCACUUGCAGCACAGUGAUGGCCAGCAGCUCGGAGUUGGUGAAGAGAAUUUUACGCUACAAAUGUCAACUAGCAGGCACACCACAGUCUGCCACGGUACUAAAAAUCUUGCAGAAACUCAACAACCUGGAUGUCACCGUCGAUGUUCUCGCUGAAACUGGCAUUGGCAAAACGGUCAACUCCUUGCGCAAGCACAAGGAAGCUGGAGAACUAGCCAAGGGGCUGGUCAAAGGUUGGAAACGAUUACUUCCUAAGAAGUCAAGUCAUCCAGACAAUGGAAAAGCAUCGGACAGUUUGUUCAUCAAAGAGCAAGUCAUCAAUGACAUGAAUUGUCCAAAUAGAGUGGAGGAUGUAAAUAAUAAUUGCUUAAAAUCAAAAGGCAAGAGUGUGGACACUUCAACUGAACCUGUCAAUGAAAAACAUCAUACAGAGAAAACGCAUGGAAAUCAUGAACAAAAAAAAACAGAGCAGAAUGAAACCAGUGAUGAUGACACAACAAAUAAGUUGGGGGUUUUGAGUUUAAAAAACAUUCUUGAGGAAAAGCGUGAUGCUGGUUUGAAGCAGAAGAAGAAUGGAAACUGUAAAUCCAAGUCGAAGGAACAACGUCAAGAAAAAAGUGGAAGCUGUCAUUUGGAAAGGAAGUCAAAAAAGAAAUCCAAAGAACCCCCACAGCUCUGUGAUGGCACUUCUCCUGACAAGCCUUUGCACUCGGACGAUGUACGAGAAGACAGAUCUUCAGGCAGCUCAGACACCAGUAAUAGAAAAAAGAAACGUGAAAAAGACGAGGAGCUGUCCAAACCCACAAAGAAAAGGGUCAAAAUACAAGCACAGCCGGACAAUGAAAGUGAUAUAGAAGAACCUUCCAUGUCUUUUGAAUCCUACUUGAACUAUGACGAGAAUGUUUCCAAGAAAAAGGAACGAUCCAGAAGCAAGAAAGCAUCCAAAAAGAGCAAGGAACAACCAAAACAAACUGUUGUAAAGCCCACAUUGAUGCCUGCUUCUCCAAAAAAGAAGUUUAUGGAUUCUCCAAAGGACCAGCUGAGCAUUCCUUUACCGGCCUUUCUUCCUGAAGUAUCCACGUUUGACUAUUUCGACAGGAAAGUGGAGAAAGAGCCUGAGUUUGUAGACCAGCCUGAGGAAUGUACAGUAUUCACUGGUCAGCGUCUAAACAGGAAGAUGCAGGUCUACUCUGGAACCAAGACCAUCUUCCUGCCGGCCAUGAUGAGCUUGUACCAGCAGUGUAUACGCAUGUUGCAGAACAAUAUUAACUUGCUUUAUGAAACGGGCAGUGUCCCAUUUGAAAUCCUUGAGCCGGUGUUGGAGCGGUGUACGCCGGAGCAGCUGCUACGCAUUGAGGAAUGCAACCCGGUGUACAUCGGAGAGACGGACAACCUGUGGGGAAAGCACUGCCACAGGGACUUCAAGGAUGCCAAACUUCAGCAGUAUGAGUCAUGGAAAGAGAUGUACAUCAGACUGUCUGAAGAAAGGGAGAGAAAAUUCCAGAGGCUAGCCAAAAAAAUAGUCUCGGAUCAUUCCAAGAAACCAAAAGGCCGGCAAGUGAAGAUGGCUUUUAUUCACACUGUUGCCAAGCCACCCAGACAUGUGCGUAUCCAACAAGAAAUCCAUGGAACUGCGGUUCAGCAGCCUCAACAGUCCAAGUGCAGCGUCAAAUCUCGAGAGAGCAAAGCAAAGCCGGGCAAUGACCCUGCACAGACCACUAGCAGUAGCAACAGCAACAGCAGCAGCGCCGCCGCCGCCACCACCACUUCAGGGCCAGGCAACACACAAGACCCUCGCAAGAAAACAAGGGUCGCUCCAAUAAUGGCAAAGUCCUUGAAGGCGUUCAAGAAGCAGUUAGGACGAAGAUGAAUGAUUAUUCUUUGUAUUGAUAAAACUAAUUGCUAUGUUGCUCUUGAAAUGGGGAGUUUCUUCCUGAUAUAAAAUAAAAUGCAUU